AUUUAAAGUAAACAAUCCAUUUGAUGUACCCCAUGAUAACGGUUUCAGUAGAAUCACAACGAUGGCACCGUCUAUACCCAAAUCCAAGUUGAACCGCGUCAUUAAGUCUAAGACGUCAUUUUCCAUCACUAACGCUGAUUCCACCACCACGCUUGUGUACUUGAAUUACCUCACGUAUAUGAAGGAGUUGUUACGGGAAGCAUCGGCGCAGGCAGCGGACGACGGCGCUAGCGAGGUGAUGCCGAUCCACUUGAAGAAAGCCAACUUGACCGUGUCAAAGAGGUUUCAGGGAUGAAUUUGUAUGACUGGAAUUUAUUGCACUAUCGAAGGCUUCGGGGUUCUACAAUUUUCCGCGAAAUACACACACCAUGGAGCUUCGGAGGGCGGCCAUCCAACACACUGUUUCAACCCCCGGCACUCGUCUUUUCUAGUUGAUCUGUCACUAAAUAAUGGCAUACUGUCUGAUGGGACAGUUUGAUAUUCCAGUUAAAGCCACAACAUCUAAUGGCUCAUGGAGAAAGUUCGAUUCCUCUUACAAAGGAAAAGAAUAUUACCUGCCAAAUUAGCAUUUGUUUUAUUAGUAUUUGUUUUGAUUCAAGCUUGUGCAUAUAUAGCUUGCGUUUGUGCCCAUAGAGAAGCUGUCGGCCUUUAAUCGUAUAGCGACUUUCCUCUUUGCGCUCUCAGUCUCACCGCCGAGACCUAAAGCAACUGGAUGCUGGG